AUAUCUCUCUUAUCUUCGACCUUUUCUUCCAGCCAACCCUUUCAGCCCCUUUCCAAGACAAAGCUGAAACUCCCAACCAACAUAACAAAACAAAACAAAUCUCACCUUAAACGACGCCGCUCAGCCAUGGCGAAACUUCUCUCUCUUUUCUCUUUCUUCCUUCUCACUGCUCUCUCCUCCUCUGAAAGCCCCAAUCCGUACCCGCCAACAGCUGCCCACGUCCAGCUCACCAACUACGGCUUCCCAAUCGGUCUCCUUCCUUCCUCCGUCCUCAACUACACUCUCGAUUCGCCCUCUGGUGUCUUCUCUAUCGACUUCGGCGGCGCGUGUAAAGUCACGCUGCCCCCGGAUAACUACUUGGCUACCUACUCUAAAAAGGUCACCGGCAAGAUUGCUCAAGGUCAGAUCGCGGAGCUGGAUGGUAUUCGGGUCCGGGCAUUCUUUAAAUGGUGGUCUAUAACUGGGAUUAGGGCUAAUGGUGAGAAUUUGGUGUUUGAAGUGGGUAUGGUUACUGCUAAAUAUCCAUCGAAGAAAUUCAAUGAAAGUCCUGAGUGCGAGGGCAAGCACUCAGCUUCAUAACCCAUGAGAGUUGACUGAAACCGGAGGAAGAUAAAUUCUCUUCAAAUCACGGAUUCUGUCUGGUGCAUCUGUUAUGUCGUUUCAUAUGAUUCCUUCCUAAGCGAGAAGGCAUUAGUUAGAUCAAAUAACUAUCUAGAGUUGGAGGAUCAGAAACCUCAUAUGUUUAUUUAGGUUUUAUCUGUAUAUGUGCUACGGAUUGUCUAAAGUAAUGUUAAGUUUCUGUCAUACUAUGUAAUGAGUUCUCUUAUGGAAUGAUAUUUGGAAUUAUAAGGCAAAUUAGUAGAAA